ACUUUCCACUUUGUCAUCAAAGAUGAUUGUAGCGUUUUGGCUCCUUGCACUUGUCACAGUUUCAACAGCUUUGGAAUGUACUCAGAUCCCUGAGCCAAUCAUAGCUGGAGAGUUUGUGACAAUACCAGCGGGUGCUAAUGACACAGUUCAAAUUCCACCAAACUUCAGUUGUACCUACAAUGUAAACGCACCGCCAAUGAUUUAUGCUCAUGUUACACUGGAAAACGGAUUGAAUGGAAAUAAUGACAUGAUUACCGUAAUUGACGAACAAUUAACAAGAACAAUAGUGUCAAGCCGAUCUGCAAAAUUUGUCCAUUUCUACAUUUUCCCAAACACGACUACAAAAUUCCAAGUGAUCACAAAAAGUGUAAACAUGCAUUCAUCAUUCAGAAUAGUAGUUCAUUUUGAAAGAAUGCUGAACACAACAGUUACUCAUCUUGGAAACCCCGAUAUGAAAUAUUUCAUGUUGAACGAUUUGCGAGUCAAUUCCUACAGAACACCCCAGACAAUGAUUUCAAAUGAGAGAAUUUCACUGUCGAUUGCUCACUCCGGCUGGUACAGUGACAUUUUCGAUAACUAUUUUGUAAUUGAAGGAUACAUUGAGAACCCAAAAGCUGUUUACCGAAUGUCUAAGUUUGUCUACCAAGGAUACAUCAGCACCGGAAAUAUCCUAACUGUUGUUGGAUUGGAUAAUAGAGUAUCAGAGAGUUCUGUUACAUUUGUUCCACUUUCACAAGCUCAACAAUAUGAUUCAUAUACUGCAUUCAGUACUUAUUUCCAAGCAAAUCAAUUGGAUAUGGAUUCAACUGUUGGAGAUAAAAAGAAGAAAGCAGUUACUGUCAUUUCAAUGGAGGAUAUUGUUUUAGUGAUUGACGUUCAGAAGACCAACGAACCAAAUUGUGUACUGAGAGCAGUUCAAUAUCCUCCAACUCCAUCAUCUGAAGUAUAUCUUGACUUCACAGCUGUAUAUGAUUAUCCGAGAAACAUCACCCACAAAUCAUUCUGCAUUGUGGCGGAAAACUGUGCAGCAACUUUCAAGCUCGUUUCUCCAUAUCCUGAACAGAACUGAAUGUUGUCCAAUAAAUAAUUUCAAUUAU